GCCAUUGACAAAGAAUACCAAUAUGAGGAUCUGUUCUCUCCGAUGGGAAUUGGCAUAUCUCGUCUACACAUUUAUUAUAGAACCCUGCGCAGCUUUUGGACAAUGCUCCGGAUAUGUAACCGUUAGACCCUCAACAGUCGUUCCCGUGGGAUCAAAUAUUUCAAUAAUGUGCGUAUCUACAGAAAUACCCUGUCGGAGUUUGCAGACAUUUUCCAUGACAUUAAAUGAUGAUGAUCCCAUUAGACCACACUGGAUGAAUGAGACGAUGGCUCGUCAUGACUUGUAUGAAGUCACCAAGAUAUAUGAUAUUAAUUGUUUCUUUAAAUGUUUGGGCCGAACUCAGAUAGUAUGCUGGGAAACUGUUUAUGUGGGAUACCCCCCAGAUUCUCCGUUUAAUAUAUCAUGUUCUUCCGAUGAACAUUCUACAGUAAUGAUGUGCACUUGGGAAAAAGGUCGUAAGACCCUAAUAGGCACCAAUUAUAUUGUCCACGUCAAAAAUUUGCAGACAUUACAAGAAAACACAUUUUAUACGGAUGAUGGCAUAACUAUGCAAGUGAACAGAUCGCAGGACAAAGACUUCUCUAUUUCUAUUAAUGCGAGUAAUGUACUGGGAGAGUCUACAUCUCAGCCAGCUCAUGUCAUCCUGGAAGAUAUAGUGGUCCCCACGAAACCAGAGAUUACCACGAUUGAAAUCCAGAACAUGACUUUCAAAAUCGGUAUCAGGUGGAGGAAAGCAAUGGCGGGCACCGAUUGUUACUGUGAACUAGCGUUCCAAUCUGAGCAUGACGCAGACUGGUCCUUGACUGGGAAACAUAAAAUGAAUGAAGAAAAAAGCAAUAUUUUCACAAAGAUAAUCUUGGAGUGCAAAGCAUGGCGCGUCAGGUGCAAAGAAGAGAAAGGUUUGGGUUACUGGAGUAAAUGGAGCGUUCCUCGAUAUAUACCACAAACAGAACCUCAUGAAAAGUUUAAAGUCUGGAGGGUUCUUGGUCAAGUUAAUGCAGAUGGUAAUCGAGAAGUUACGGUUCUUAUAAAGCCCAGUGACCCUGAGCCAUCUUGGGCAAGAACUUUGGGAUACAAGGUGUUUUAUAAAGACAGAGAUACUGAGAUCCUUAUCCAGACAUGUAAUAAGACUCAGCUUCAAUGCGGAAUGUUGGUGCCAAAGGGAAUCGAAACUAUCUCCUUCAAAGCCUACAAUUCCUAUGGAUCAUCCACCCCAAGUCACAUCAGUCUGCGCCAAGACAAUAACGGUUUCCCAGCACCUCGGAAUGUGACGGUGACGUCCGGACUACUGAAGUACAUUUUGGUCCAAUGGGAGCCCCCUGAGAGGUUAGAGUCCGAGCUUCGAUGGUUCAUUAUUCAAUGGGAUCCCAACGCAUGUGGUGGAAACAAGCAAAAUAUUUCAUGGGAGAUUGUUCCAAAAAAUACAACUCGAUUCAUCAUUGAAGGAAAAAUAGAGGCCGGACAGCUUGUCACCAUUUUCCUAUAUGCGGUAUAUGAUGCCGGAACAAGCCAGUCGUCAAUAAAUUAUGGAUUUAUUCAAGAGUUAAAGCCUAAUAAAGGGCCGAAUGAUAUGCAAGUGUCAUUUUAUGGAGCCGAAACUCUGAUCUGGUGGGAUGAGGUUCCAUUAUGCAAGCGAAAUGGAAUUGUGACCCAUUAUACUCUGUAUAUGAAAGAGAUUUCAAACGGUUCCGUCACCCAAAUCGUAUCACCAGUCAGGCAUUAUUCCAAAUAUAAUCUGAAUCCAAACCUACAAUAUGAAAUUUGUGUCUCUGCUUCAACCAGAGCGGGAGACGGCCCCGCAGACCAGUGCCUAACCUUUCAGCCAGAUCACGUUCCACAAAACUACAUGGGAAUGUUAAUCGGAGUGAUAUUCAGUGCUCUUAUCGUCGUCUCCUUUGUAUUUACCUUGAUGUUUAAAAAGAAAAUACGAGAACGGAUUAAAAUAUAUAUUGUAUCUAUGAUUCCGAAAUGCCUCCAUGAAACGUAUCCACGCAUAGAAAACAGUAGGAUAUUAAAAUAUUUGCAGGCAAGUGCAGAGAUGCCUUGGUUUGAUCUUAUGACAUUACACAGUGACCCUGAAAUUAUAGAGGUUGAAGAAGUUGCACCAACAAAACCAACCAACGACCAAGUCACAGCCAAAGAAUAUGACAAAGCCAUGCAAAAGGAUGAUAUUGACAAUCCAGAACAGGCCUCAGGGUAUCGUCCACAGAUCGCAAGUCCAAUGCCACGGAGGAACGAUUCCUACUGUGCCCCUCCUCUUAUGCUUGACAUCCAAACAUCUCAGCAGAGAUGGGACAAUGGAAAUAACUGCGUGGAUGAGAACAUUCUACUUUGGAGUCCGGCAUCUGUGACAAAUGAAUUUGUUUUCCAAGAAAUGGAGCUGCUCAUUUCAGACAUCGAAGGUGAUGACAUUUCCCGUUUUUUCCGACCAUCACCCAAUGUUCCGGCAGAUCAUAAGCAGGAAGGUGAAGUACCUGAGAGCAUUAUGAGAGUGCAAAGUUUGCUGGGCGACCAACACACCCUUUGUUUAACUGGCGAUUUUUCAAACUCAGAUUCUUAUUUUCCACAAAUGAUGGCAAAAGGAACAUAAGGAUCAACUUUUUAGUGACAGUCCCUCCAGUCAAUGUAAGAAUUCCUGAGGAAUCCUUUCUCUUGCGUAAAA